GGAGAGGAGGAGGUGGAGCGCACGUGGGCUCGUCCACAGCUGUUGUAGUGUAGUAGCCUGGGUUUGUCUGAGUGGAGGAGGGCUUAACUCUCUUUCACUCGCUCUACCCCUUCCUCUGUCUAUUACAGUACAUGCUCUUAUGUGCUUUAGCUGUGGCUAGUGCGCUCUCUCUCUCUCUCUCUCUCUCUCUCUCUCUCUCUCUCUCUCUCUCUCUCUCUCUCUGCUCGGCCUCUGGAACAAUGACAGUCGCUACUGCAGACACACACAAUAUGCCAGCGUUGCUGCUGCUACCACUGCUACUGCUGCACUAGGAUGGCCCUGACGUCUCAGCACUGAGCCUCAGAUAGAGAGAGUUCUAGAGACGACACACAUCCCUUCUUUACCUCCUCCUCUGCCUCCUCUCUUGGUGGGGAGAGAGGCUGUAACUGCAGCACGAGGCUGGCCCAGCUGACACUGGGACUAGGAGCAGUGACUGGCUGGCAGAGGCGCUCUGUGCUUGGGACAUUUUCUCAUUACCGUAUGUUCAUAGGGUUUAUUCCAUAUUGAUCCCAGACAUUCCCCACACAGGAGCUCUGGAACGUCUAGGAUGCUGUGACGGUGCUUUCCCUAGAGGUGAUGAUCAGGGAAGAGUGGAGAUGAACUGGAAGAAAGGAGGGAUGCUAUUUUUUGCCAGAGAUCUGUAAAUGCGGAGCUCUGUCGACGUGGGCUGGUGUGCUUUGUUUAUCGUGUGUAAAUUGUGGAGCGGGCCUGAAGGGCAUCAUAACUAAACUUUGUCCUUUCUGCACAUUGUAGAGCCAGCUUGACAGGUAGUAAUGGAGUCUGAGGAGACAGAGCUGAGAGAUUGUGAUGAGGCCUUUGAGUCAGAAGAGGGCGAUGUGGAGCCAUACCUGGAGGAGCCGGCGAGCAGCAGGGAGCUCCUAGAGAGGCUCAGGGAGCUGGAGGCUGAUAAUUCAGUCCUGGCCCUUGCGAAUGAGAGCCAGAGAGAGGCCUAUGAAAGGUGUCUGGAUGAGGUUGCCAACCACGUGGUACAGGCCCUUCUGAGUCAAAAGGACCUGCGGGAGGAGUGUAUUAAGUUGAAGAUGCGUGUGUUUGACCUGGAGAGACAGAACAGAACUCUGACUGAGCUCUUUGCGCAGAAACUACACCCCCAGGAUAGCUCUCUGCAACAGUUGCAGUUGGUGUCUGUCCCAGAGCACAGCACAGAGCCCCUGACCAUGGACAGUGACAAGCUGCUGGUGUCCCAGAGCCAAAGGGAGCUCAAGAGCAAUGGGGACCACACACAGAACGGAACAGCCGGCUUGGCACCGGCCCCUGCCACCUCCAUAGAGGCCCUGUCUCCGUUCUUCAAAAAGAAAGCACACAUCCUGGAAGUAUUGCGCAAGCUGGAGGAGUCGGACCCCCUCAAGUUCCACCCCUCCUCCUGCCUGUCCCCACAUCACGACCUGGGUCAGGCGCUGGUUUCCAUGGAAAGAGACCAGAUGUCCCUGAUGUCCUCUGUGGGGUUACCCUCUUCUCAGCGCCUGGUAGCACAUCCCUCGUCACACUGCCACUUCUCCAGCUCAGACUCGGACAUCCAUGAUUAUACCAACAGAGAAGGGGCUCUCCAGGAGGACCAUGCCCUGCACAGACAGCACCAGCACAGGGACUGCCAGUCCUGCCAAAUGCUCUCCCAGAAGAGUAGCCUGGACAGCCUGCUGAAGUGUGCCCAGGGCCACGGCACCGCACACCCGGGCAGAGUGGAGAGCCUCAACGGGCAGGCCUGGGCAGAGGACCAGGGGGCGUUGGCACAGAGCACAGGCCUUCCCCAGGCAGCAGCUCUCCCCCACCUCCUCUCUACUGGCAGCACAAGCCAGUGCUACAUGCACAAAACAGCAGUGCACUCUCUAGAGCAGCCUCCAGAACUUCUGUUUUUUUCUGAUCCAAUCUCCUCGCUAAUCCAAGCAAACCUCAACGGGAUGCUACGGAAGGAGACCAGGAACAUUCAAAGACACAAAGACAGGCAUCCGUUUGGCAAACCGCUGCUUCGGGCUGAGGUGCAACCCUCUCACAGUGAGGAUGUGAAGCACAUAAAUGCAGUCAUGGUAACGUCGCUGACCCAAAACGGGGACAGUCCGGAGGAGUGCUGCUACCUGGAAGAAGAGGCCGCAUCAGUGGCACCCAAUGUGAACAACAGCCUGCACACCCCUACCUCACAUACAGACCCUGUUGCCACGGAGACGGACCCAGGGUAUCAAGAGGAGCAGGAAGUGAGCGAGCAGGUCUGCAACGGGCUCUACUUCUCCAAUGAGACGGCUGUCUGCAAGAAGGUGGCGGUGGAGUUGUACUCUCCAGCCCCGGUUCCCGAGAGGACCAGCUCAGCUCAGGCCCUGCCUCCCUCUGGCAAGAGCAAGCUUGCAUUCAGCCCCACCUUUUCCUCUGGCCUGGGUGAAGUCAAGCCCUCCCCCAUUUCCUCCCCGUCCCGGCUGCUCAAGUUCCUGAAGAUCCCGACGGGGAUCAACCAGGCACAACCAGGCAACCCCCUCCGUCUAAGUCCCCAGCUCACCCGCAGCUCCAAGAUCCCCUGCAGGAAUAACAACAACUAUGAGGUGUACCACUCACCUGUCCUGACCCGCAAAGCCACCACCACGGAGAGGGAGAAGCAGCUGUCCUCAUCCCCCUACCCUGCCACGCACUCUGCCCCCACCUCGCCACCCAAGCCAGAGGACAGCACGGGCCCCUCUCCCACAGUCAAGGAGAUAGCUUUCAGCAGCCACUUUGCGCCCAAACCCAGCCACAAUACAAAGGCAGCCCCCUCCUCCUCUUCUCACACACAAAGGGGCUCUCAGAAGGUGGCCCACUACGAGAAAGUCUGCACGUCAGAUGGGACACCCCAGUACCUCCCUUACACCCAACCUGAGGGGCCUGUAGACAAGCAGCAGCAGGAGGAGAACCUCCUCAGCCAACCAUCUUCACAGCACCCUGACUCAUCCCCAGAACCAGAUGACCAGGACACUGACCAGGACACUGACCAGGACACUGACCAGGGCACUGACCAGGGCACUGACUCAGAAAGCCCCGUCUGGCACAAGCCCCACCAACACUUCAGCCUACCCUCCUCGUCCUCCGCCGCUGCUAGUAAAGCACACAGUAGUCGCCCCAGCUACUCCAGCAUGAGGGACAGGCACCAGGAGCACCGUGCAACUCUGGAGCCCAGUCAGCCAAUCUGUGAACCCCCCCAGCCAACCCAGUCUGCAGCCAGGCAAGGUGACCGGUCGCCUGGGUCUUCCACCCCCAAGAGGCUGGUGCAGGGAAAACCCCAGAGUGAGUCCAGUCACCACCCAUUCAAAGAGCGCCUGGCUGCUCUGGGGAAACUGAAGAGCACAGAGAACCUGCCAAUAGGCGCACAGUCCGUGGACAAGAAGAAUGCACAAAGUAACGUGGGUAAACCCCCCACCAACAAUAUUGAGAAAAGCAAGACUGCUGAAAGGCAAGGCGAGAGAACUGGGACAGAGCAGCACAGACAUCAGAAAUACACUGAUUCCCUGGAAGGGAAGCAAUACCCCAAAACCAGCCCCUGCAGUCACCCCAGGGUGCCAGGUCCAAUACAUGAAUCAGGCGCCAAAUCAUCAGCUACCCCAUCAUCCAUACCCAAGGGAGAGCAGGAGUCAUCAUUCUCUCCCCGGAUAUAUGUAGCGAAAGCAGAUGGUCCAAAGAUAAAGAUGGGCACAUUAUCCUCCAGUACAGAGACCCCUUCAGUGGUGAGGAGCUAUGGGAAGUGCCCCAUCACCCGGAGCCACCACAGUAAAACUGCCCCUAGCCCCCAAAACAGCCCCACUAAAGUUCCCUCAAAGUCCCCUUCAAAGGUCGGCCAGGCUUCCUCUUACCCCCGAGGGGUCAGGCCUGCUCAUGAGGACCGCGCCCUGGCUCAGAGACACCCGCCCAGGCUGGAGGACAAAAGCAAACUCCUGGCCAGCAAGAAGAAGACCUUUGUCCAUGCAGAGAGCUUCCCGCCUCCUCCUCCUCUGCCACCGCGGUCGUCUACUGAAACUAUCGUGAAAAACGACAAGAAGCAGUACUCGUCCGGCCCACCAGUGCCCCAGUCGGCCAUCGAGCAGAAAGUAAUGCGUGGCAUCGAGGAGAACAUGCUUAAGCUGCAGGAGCAGGACCGGGGCCAGUUGGUUGAGCCCAAGCAAAAGGCUUCCAACGGCAUCGCCAGCUGGUUCGGCCUGAGGAAGAGCAAGCUCCCCGCCCUCAGCCGUAAACCAGAAGUGUCCAAGCUCAAGAACAACAUGUCAUCCUCUCCUUCGUCGUCCUCUGCCUCCGGCGGAGGGGCUAAGGACUCUAAGUCAGGUGGGCCCCGGAAGGUGGUGGAGAGCCUGAACAUCUCCAUGCUGAUGGAGAAAGCAGAGGACCUGCGGAAGGCAUUGGAGGAGGAGCGGGCGUAUGUGAACGGGGUCGGGAUGGACCGCUCCGGCAGGGGCCACUCCUGUGAGGUGGUGAUGGACCAGGCCCAGGGCCAACUGUCACUCAUGUACAGAGGAGUGACCGCAGACAACUUCAUGCAGCAGCUCCUCAACAGUCCCUCGACGUCUUGUUCUGGAAACAGGGUGGAUGAGAGGGGAGCUAUACCUACCACCUUUGGAAUGGCACACAGACGCCUCUCCUUUGACUCGAAGAGGUCGCGGCCCAUCUUCGGUCACCAGAGGGAUGGGAUCAGCCACACAAAGAGCAGGGAUGAGAUGGACCAGGCUUCUGAUAUGAUUGGCAAGGAUGAGGUCACAUCAGACGAGAGCUUGGCAGAGUCCAUUAGUUCCCAGCACAUUACAGGUUCUGGUGCAUCCAUGCGUACCCUCGACAGUGGCAUCGGCACGUUCCCCAUGCCAGACUAUGCCAGUAACGCAGCAGGGAAGAGCAUCACUAAGGGGAAGCCACAGGGAGAGCAAGGGUUUUCAGGCUCCCAGGGGAAACAUGGGGCCAAGAUGAAAGUUCUGCGGAAGGCCCAUACGCUGGAGAGAGAGCUGUCAUCUCUGGAUGAGGUCAACCCAUCUAUCCUGUAUGGCUCAGGACUGGAGGGAAAAGGUCCCAACAUGCACCUGUCCAGCACCAUCCAUGAGGACAUUGAUGCCUACGGGGAUCAUAUGCAAAAUCCCCCAACCAAGAACUGGACCUUUCCCAACCUGAAAGUCUCUGCAGGAGUCAGUGAUGUUUACCUGGAUGUGCAGGGAGACCCGGGCAGCCAGAGGACCCCCUCCAGAAGGAGUUUGAAACAGUGUGUCCCCCAGGGCCCCCUGGCUGCUGACCCAGGCAGCCUCCCCCUGCCACCCCAGACGGGGCUCAGCCCACGGGGUAAGGGGAGGACGCCCAGCGCCCCAGAGGUGGGGAAGGACGGAGGGCUGGAGCUGGUGAAGGAGAGACCAGAAGAUAUCAUGUCCCCGAGAGAGACACCCGAAUCCCUCAGUGACUCCCUCUACGACAGCCUGUCCUCCUGUGGCAGCCAGGGCUGACAGGCCCAAGGACCCAUGGACAGAGAGGGGAGCAGAGAGAGAAACGGACCGACUGACACCCUUUAAACCCCUGCUAUGAGGCACACCCAUCCCUUCUUGUAGUGGUGGGGCCAGCCCCUGAGGCAGACCGAGUUGAAGUACCUCCUCCCUCUUCUACAUACACCUCUUUCUGCUGACCCUCUCUGUGUUACUGAGAUCUGGUUAAUACUGCUGGAAAACUCACCCUCAGGUUGACUGAUGUUCACAUACAUCAUUUGAGGAACUAGGCUGAGAAUUGGACACCGUUGUCCUCCAAGCAACAAGCAUCAUACGACAGACCAGCGCAACUCAAAUGUACACACAGACACAUAUAAAGUUGAAGUCGGAAGUUUACAUACACCUUAGCCAAAUACAUUUAAACUCAGUUUUUCACAAUUCCUGACAUUUAAUCCUAGUAAAAAUUCCCUAUCUUAGGUCAGUUAGGAUCAC